AACCAACCAGCCCACCCAUUCUUUUCUUCCCCUCCCCUUCAUCCGCCUGCCUCCCCCCUUCCCAUUCUCCGCGUCGUUGCUCCCCUCCGUUUCCCACUUCGCUGGUCUCCGACUCUGUUCGCGCUGUGCCCGGUUGAUUAGCCCCUCUACGUGCUGUUAAGCAACUCCCCCACACUAUACGGUUUCCACAAUCAAUUCAAUCAGAGGAAGCUGCAAGUAUCUGAGAUUCUGAAACAGUCCUGAGGUGUUUGAGAAAAGUUAUGUCUUUUGUUCGGCGAGCAGACCCAUCAACGGCUUACACGGAUAAUCUUUACAUUCAUAAAUUUGCUGCACCAAGCUCAAAUUUUUCUGCACGAAGAUUUGCGUCUGAUACCCAGCUGUUCCGUUAUGGUCCUGAACCAUAUAACGCUGAGUAUGGGAACAUGGAUUUCACUGGAGCACCAUCUGCUGCAUUUCAGAACUCGUUUUGCAGUCAGCAGGCCUCACUAACACCAUACCAUGUAACAGCUGAUGGACGAACUCUGAGUGUUGCAGAUACCCAGUCCAACUCUUGCUCUGAUGCAGCAAAAGACUCACCAGUUCUCUCCAAUGUCUCUCAGCAGAACUCACAAUCCGUAUCAGAUGGUCAGAGUUCUGAAAUCGAAGUAGAGUUUGACGAAGAUGAGAUUAGACUGAAGCUUCAGGAGCUGGAGCAUGCUUUACUUGAUGAUGGUGAUGAUAUCUUGUUUGAGAUUUCCCAAGCAGGUAGCAUUAAUGAUGAAUGGGCUGACCCCAUGAAGAAUGUAUUGCUUCCAAAUUCACCAAAAGAAUCAGAAUCAAGCAUCAGUUGUGCUGUUAGCAACGACGGAGCAGCACGGACCCCAAAGCAGUUACUAUUUGACUGUGCUGCGGCAUUAUCCGAAUACAACAUAGAUGAAGCACAGUCAAUCAUCACGGAGCUUCGGCAGAUGGUCUCAGUUCAAGGGGACCCUUCUCAGAGGAUCGCAGCCUAUCUGGUGGAGGGCCUUGCUGCAAGAAUAGUAGCUUCAGGAAAAGGUAUCUACAAGGCCUUGACAUGCAAGAACCCUCCAACUUUGUAUCAGCUUUCAGCAAUGCAAAUCCUCUUUGAAGCCUGUCCAUGUUUCCGUUUGGGUUUCAUGGCUGCUAAUUAUGCUAUACUUGAAUUGUGCAAAGGUGAGGAGAGACUGCACAUUAUAGACUUUGAUAUCAAUCAGGGCAGCCAGUACAUUACAUUGAUACAAUUUCUCAAGAACAAUGUAAACAAGCCGUGUCAUUUGAGGAUAACUGGUGUUGAUGAUCCUGAGACAGUGCAGAGGCCCAUUGGAGGUCUGAGGGUCAUUGGACAACGCCUAGAGAAGCUUGCAGAUGAAUGUGGGGUAUCUUUUGAGUUCAAGGCAGUUGGUGCUAACAUUGGGGACGUCACACCUGCAAUGCUAGAUUGUCAUCCUGGGGAAGCACUUGUUGUCAAUUUUGCAUUCCAGCUGCACCACCUUCCUGAUGAAAGUGUUUCGAUUAUGAAUGAAAGGGAUCAGCUCCUUCGAAUGGUGAAGGCCCUCCAACCAAAGCUAGUAACCCUGGUUGAGCAGGAUGCCAAUACCAAUACUGCACCGUUUCUGACAAGGUUCCGUGAAGUCUAUGAUUACUACUCUGCACUUUUUGAUUCGCUGGAUGCGACACUUCCAAGGGAAAGUCCGGAUAGAAUGAAUGUUGAGAGACAAUGUCUUGCACGAGAAAUUGUUAACAUAUUGGCUUGUGAAGGUCCUGAUCGUGUGGAGAGAUACGAAGUUGCUGGAAAAUGGAGAGCAAGAAUGACAAUGGCUGGCUUCACGCCGUGUCCAUUUAACAGCAAUGUCAUCAGUGGAAUAAGAUCGCUACUCAAGUCGUACUGUGAUCGGUACAAGUUCGAGGAGGACCAUAGUGGACUUCAUUUCGGCUGGGGGGAGAAAACUCUCAUCGUCUCCUCCGCGUGGCAAUAGAGCUCAGUGGUCGAGUUGCAUUAGUAUUGAUGUAUUUUAGGAGCUUCUGAUGCAGAGACUGUAAAAAAAAUGAACUGCUUGGCUGUUAACUGAUCUUACCUAAUCUUAGGGGUCUGCUUGUCCGAAUAAUUGAGUUUGGGUGAUCACCUGGUGCUAUGUUGUAGCAUAGUAUCUUGUCACAUGAUUGACUUGCAUUUUGGGAUAGAAUCAUAACAUGUCAACUCUGCGUCGUGUAUAAAACUAUGUUUUUCUGGAA